GCGAUUGAUAAGGUAGUCGUGUUAACAGAUUCCCUUGCUAGCAACAUUCUGCAGCAGUUUGUGGAUGCAUAGCGAUCUCUCCUCUUCAAUACAGAAGCAUGAACCAUAAAUAUCCAAUGGAAGAUUACUUUGUAACCUGGAAGCAGGAAGAUGCGCUGGAAGUUUUGCUGGACUACCUCUACCUGAUGCAGGAAGCAGCAAACGCAUAUGCCACAGAACUCAUCUGGGCCUUCCUACUGAUGAUUGGCGCUGUAAGUCUGUGGAUAUGGCGUUUACUGGGCCUGCAGGAAGCCGAGCGUCAUCACCUGUACAUGGCCAACUCCCGCCCGGUUUUCUCGCGAUACUUGUCGCCUUUCCAACCUUCCUACUUUGCGGCGGUUUACAAGAGUCGGUUGGCUGCUAAAGACAGAUCCACAUCUGAUGGUGGAGGCAUCCUCAGUUCCAGUGACAUAACAACUAGUGGUCACGAUGAACUGUUUUACAAGUACCGCCCCGUUCCUCGAGGACUCUGGCGCUCUUAUGACGCCAAGGCGGAAAACGAGCGAUCUGCUCCGGAAGAGAGGUUUCUGGGACAGAGCAACACCAAAGGUGGCGCAAGGAACCUGGGGAUGUUCCCAUCUCCUCGCUAUCACUCUCCAAGCCUCAAACUGCUCGGCAGGCAAAGGUCAAGUAGCACCGCGAGACUGUCAUCGAUUGACAAGCCUAAAAAAACCGAGCACCAGCGGUCGCCGGAGCAUUACCGAUUCAAGUCCUCCCAUCGACUACAGCAACCCAUGAACUCUUUCGACGACACGCGCUUCGUGGAGAUUUCGACGGAGUCCACGGCCGUGGUUCGCAAGCAGGAUAACCUUCAGGAUCUGUCGGAGCAGACCACUCGUCUAACUUGCGAUCAGGACUGGACAGUCGCCGGCGACAGAAACAAGGGCAUAGCACCUUCUGAUGACCCGAUCCACGGGGCGCUGCACACAGGGCGAAAGAUUUUAGGCCGACUAGAAGUCAGUAGUGACAGCCCAACCAAGCUGCGGGGGUUCUGGAACAAAGUGAGUAGGAUCCCAGUGAAAAGAUACAGCGAUGAUCAAGGUUCGCAGGUGGAGACCGAGAAGGCGGAAAGAGAAGGAGAAGACGAGAAGAUCGUUAAAGGUGAGGCUGAGCCCAUACCUGCGCCGGAUGGAGGUCCCAGCGCCGUCGACAAAGUCUUACCUCACAGUCAAGCUAGCAGGCUGCCGCCGGUCCCAACUCUGGUAGAGCCCUCUGCCGGCACUACUGCGUCGUCCUCCACACCCAAAAUCGACGCCGCGUCUGCCAAAGAUUCAGUCACCGAUCGCGGGACCAGCAGCUCCCUGGGGUUAGGGGAUCUGGAAGCAAGCAAGAGCAAGGAGACGCCAAAGAACAUGUGCUGUCUUUUGCCCGACAAUGCCGAAGAAGAGCUGGUGCAGAGGCUGAAAAGAAAGAUGCUUUCUUCCAAGUUCGACAGAAGCAGCAUCAACAGCAGCAGAAUCAAGACCCCGACGCCGAUACCGUUAGCUCGGAGGAAGAGCUGGUUGUCGGAACCAAAGGCAGAGACGUCUCACGACCCUUUGCUCGGUGCCAAGAUCCCACCUUACGCCAGCGGAGCCGCUCCUGAGGACGAAAAAUGCGACGUCCAAGGCGAUCAGACAAGCCCGUCUCAGGACGGAGCGCAUCGAGCGUCUAAAAGGUAAGGAGUCAAGCAGCUCCAUGCCGCAAUCUCUCCAACCGAAGACAACGCCUGGGAAGUCCACGGAUAACGAGGUGUCACCUGAGAGGUCCAUCGAAAUACAAUCGGCAAAGGAAGCUGCUCGCGACACGGGAACUCGCGCUUUGACGAUGGAGAGAGAAGCGGAAAUAAGCAAGAAGAGGUCAGCGGAUGCUGGGGAGACCGGUUUGGUGAAAAGCGCCCUUGACGCUGGGGAGCGUCUGGCCAGACUAAGACGGCGUCUUCAACAUUCGCUGGAGUAUCUCAAGCAACAACAGGUGGGGGAUAGGAAAGCUGUCAGCGACAGGGAAGAGACAAUGACCAAGGAGGCCAACGAGACACUGAUGCCUCCUCCGCAAAGAGAACCAGCCUUCCCUCGUGGAGACGCCCUGCAACUGGAGACUCCGGCAGUUAAAACGGUGGAGAACAAUUUUACAAGCAUCUUUCCCGUCAACAGAAAACUCGAAAGAUCCAGUAAGACUGUUGUUGCCGAAGAAAAGGUGUGCGAGUUAGAAAGCAGCGCUGCGCUACUCACUCUGUCCAAACAAGACGAUCCCACGAAACUAGAAAGAAAUUGUCUAGAAGUGCUCUACAAAAACAAUCUUCGCAUCGCCUGAAAGAAACCUUUCCAUUUACAGAUGGUAAAGCUGGGAAUGCUUCGCCAGAAAGGGAAACUAUGGCCACGUUUUCUGUCUCACAACGGUGGGAUCAUCUACAGCAUCGCAGAAAGGGCAGAGGCAGGAGCAGAGAAAUGAAGGAGACUUUCCUGCCGUCGGAAUCCAGCGAUAGCGAUAAGAAAAAACCGAAUGAAUUUACGCCGGUGGCCAAUGCAGACGACAGCGAAGUUCGGGACCAGACAAGUGAAGUACAAAUCUCCAAAAGUGUGAGAAGCAAUUUGCCUACAGAACUCGGCGUCAGCCCUAACAUAUCGGAAGCUGCGAUAUCAAAGACUGGCACUAAAUCGUUUAGUCGUGAAGAAAUCUGUAGCGAAAAAGUCGCAGGAAAGGAAAAUGUAUGGCAAACCCCCAAACUGGAAUCUGGAGAGAAUGCAGUACCAACUAAAAGUGCUUCGCAGGGCUUCAGUGAAAAAAUAAAGUAUCGGUGGAAAAACAAAACAAGCGAAGAGAAGCGAUGAAGAUGAGAAGGAAAGAGAAUCAGGACUUGCCCCAAAGUGAGUGCGCCCAGUCAAACAUAAGUAAUCCCGACACUGUCUUAUGUCAGCCACCCAAAGACUUGGGCGCGAAUGGCGAGUCCGAAAAUGUGCAAGAAGAAGCCAUGGACGCACCUAAAACUUGGUCAAAUGAACAAAAUCUACCUGCUCAAGAAAACCCGGUCAAGAACGACAAUCUGAAAGAAACCAAUGAAUUAUGCUCCACACAGAGUGAAGAACAGACUCCCAUGAAAGAGCUUACACAGACACCAAGCAAAGACAGCUCAUCUCCAUCUAAAGCUAGACGUUUCCAACCGGACGGCACGCGGGCACUUUCCGAGCUCAGUACCAACAGUUUAUUCACAUCCAAACGUAACCUGUAUCAACCCCGUCAACAGGAACAAGAGGGCAUCAACCAAGUCGACAGUACCUUUCCCCGCUUCACAGCUGACCAUGAGCAUGUCCUGGAUGAGACUGAUGGUUCACAGGACUGUGUGGACUGGAAGCGCGAAGGGGAUAUCACUAUCCGUCGUCGUGUUCGCUGGCGCCGUCUUGCGGAAAGGCAAGAUACGGUAAAGAUUCCCCCUCCAGUGCCACCUAAGAUCUGCCGGCGGGUGGCCAGAAGCCCGACAGAUACUGUACUAAAUAGCCUGCUGCCAUUUUCUGCAGAGAUUCCUCCUCAAAUUCAUAAGUCAGCUGAGAAUAUGCCCGAGGUGCUUCUCGUGAAGCCUUCUGUGGGCACCGCAUUGGAAGACAACCUAAAAGAAGAAAACAAAAACGCCUUCCCAGCUGAAGUUGAGUCUCAGCCGUUCUCCAAGGAGUCAAAGCCACCCAAGCCACAGGUGUCUCCAAAGCCAGCUAAAGGGACCUAUAUCAGCACCAUAAGAAACACCACUGCAUCUGAGGAAGGUGGUGAGUCGAAGGGAGGGGCCAACAGGGUAGAGAUUUGUGAGGAGAAAUUCCCUAGCCCUAAGGAAGCUUCCUCCAUCUUCAAAGCCAAAAUCGAGAUGUCUGAGCAAGCAUUUGUCAGAGAGGCUAAAGGGGAAGGAGCUGCCCACAAGACCAGUCGUCACAACUUCAAGGAGACUUUGCAAAAGUUUCAGAAGCACAUCCGUGAAGGUGACAAGCCACCCAGCCCGGAGCAUGCUUGCAAGGCAAAGAAUAACUUGGGCACAAGCAUGAAGUUCGAACUUGAAGGAAAAUCUUGAAUUUUUUUUAAAAGAAUACUGCUACCUGUAUGAAGCAGGACCCAGAUGGGGCCUCAUAUUUCAUCUGCUUUUCUGCAUUGCAUUUGAAGUGUGCUUGAGCCAGGAUGAGUCAUUAAAAAAUCAUUUAUCAGAUGUCAGAGCAAUAAAGAAAAUGUUGAGAAGAAUGGCUGCCAAAUCUGUACCUCAGCAUCAAUUUCCAUGACAAGAUUGCUUGAACAGAAGUAGCUAAGUCUUUAUAGUUUAAACCUUAACCAGAUAACCUUAGCAACUAUGCAUCUUUAGACACUGGGGAUUUCUUAUAAUCUACGCAACAGACGCAAUAAAACGGGUAACACUGCAGGUUU